CUGAGAUGUUUUGGACUCGUGUUGGCAUCCUUGGCUGCUUGGUAUAUGGGAUACCUUCUUGCAGUUCAUGUGCCCCAAAACACAGUGUCUCUUGCUGCACUUCAAGAUAUCGGAAAGAAACCAGUGUUGAGAGCYCCAGCUCCUAAAAGGCACAAGUGUGACCACUGGUCUCCCUGCUCGCCUGGGAACUUCGCCUACCGCAUCCUCAGCGGUGGUGCCAAGCAGAGGAGUGCUAAAAUUUGUUUUGAAGAUGAGCUGCUUAUAAGUGAAGAGAAUGGUAAUASUGGAAGUGGUAUAAACAUUGCCGUUGUGGAUUAUAAAACAGGAAAAGCUAUACGAUCAAGUUUUUUUGAGAUGUGGACAGGAGACCACUCGGGAGAGAUGAUGGAUUUCAUCAGGAGCGCACCAGAAGGGACCCUCCUUCUGAUGGCCACCUACGAUGAUGGAAGCACCAAGCUGAAAAACGACGUAAAAAAAAUAGUAGAAGAGCUGGGAAGUAAAGAAAUAAAGAAUAUAAAGUUCAGGUCAAGCUGGGUUUUUAUAGGUGCCAAAGGCUUCAAGCUGCCAGAUAAUAUCCAAAAAGAAAAGAUAAACCACUCUGACAAGACGAAGAACAGAUACAAUGGCUGGCCAGCUGAAAUCCAAAUAGAAGGCUGUAUCCCAAGAAACCUGAUCUGAACAAAUGCGUCCCUCAUUAAUAAAGACAAUUCUAUAUUUUUAUAUCUAUGACUCCAUUAAAUUGUCUCCAGAACCCAAUAAGUAUCUGAACAAUUGUAAAAUAAGUCAUAUGCAGUUUUUAAUCUUUCUUCCCUCUCUGUGGCUUUAUUCUAAUCUCAAAACAAAUAGGUAUUUUGAUGAGMAGUGGAAAAAAAUACUCUGGUUUAGAAUUACAAUGUUCAGGCAGUCAGUCAUAAAAUACCAGGAUUUUUGGAAGUGAGUAUACAUUACCAUUAACACUUUUAGGGGGUUG